CAUGAAAAUUGAUUGAUAUAUAUAAAAAAUAGAUAUUGUAUUAAAAAAAAACACUAUGAAAUGUCAUGAAUAAAUCUUUAGUUAGUUAGAAUGACAUGACCUUGAUGUAUUUAUUAAUUUAGAAUUGGUCAAUGACAUUGAAGGUUAUUUUGAAAGGAAGAUCCUUACUUUCUAAAUGUGAACAACUACACUUUAUGAACCAACGAUGACUUGGUAUCUGCCUUCAAAUUUUAAACAGACUGAGAUCUAUUCAGCAGGGUACGGUCUUAGACUGGGCAACUCAAUAAUUCCUCAAUUACAUCCUCACGAGCUUUUCGCAGGUUUAAUUGGGCCAUUUGUUGUAUGCAAGGAGGCUGAACGCUAUUUCUUUCUCACCACAAGCCUUGUAACAUUGAAGCUAUCAGAAUUUACAGACAAUGUCAAAGGAACUCCGAUAUUCCAUCUCCUGUUGGAGACGCGUAAGGGAAUAAAAUGCGGAUAUGUUGCUUCAGGUGUACAGAGAGACAAUAUCCCAGCAUUGAUAGAAAUAUGCGAAGGACAAAGACUUGAUUUAGGGUUUAUUUUGGAUAAAGGGUUUUCUGGGGUCAGUGAAACCAAUUUUCCAAGCUACGAUAAUAGAGAUUCAAGGAACAUGACACAAGUAUACAUAUUCGGCAAGUAUUUUAGACCAAAAGCUGUUCAAAUGCUAUAUAAUAUUACAAAAAAACGUAUCGAUCUUUAUGCGCCCGAAGUUGGACUUUUUAUGCAAGGAGAAGGCGGUGCGGCAGUAUUUCUCAUGGAUGAAAACCGACUUUUACACUGCGUUGGUGUUUUUGUAGGUGGUAUCGAAGAUGAUCCCUUCCAUUUCGUAGUAUUUCCAAUAGAACGUAUAUUACUUGGCUUAGAGAGAGAUCUUGGACUACCAUUAGAAAUAUUGUCUUUUAACAAUAAAUCAAGAAGAAAGGAAAUGAGCACAAUUACAUCCUUAGAUCAAAUAAGUUUGGAAAUGAGGGACAUGGACUUGGAAAAUCAUUGGCUUGAGACGAAUGACCGUCCUAGCAAAGAAACCCUGAAAUUGUUAACGCUUAAAUUUGGAAGGAAAUCGGAGGUUGUUAUUAAGAACUGUGGAAAAAUUUGUAGCUACGUAAAAUACAAUAGUAACAAUAUUGCCGACGUCGUUCCAACAUACACACCAAAGGAUAAAAACAAUAUUGUGUUUGUCAUAAUUGCACGAGACGAAGUUGUCAUGGAGAAGCCGGACGAGUAUUUGUUUACAAUAAAGUACCCAGAAAGCAAAUCAAGCCAGUACGGUGAAGAAGGUAAAUUUGUUAUACACAGUACGUUCUCUGAUAAUGCUAAAAUGACGGAUCCUCAAAAGGACAAACUGAAAAGAAUUGUGAGUAAAAAUGCCGACAAAUUAAUGAAAAAACACAAGUUAUUAACAGCUAUCUCUGGAGGCUUAGUUAGAUCUAAAAAAUAUGGAUCACCAGAUGCGCGUCUUUCAAAAGAACUAUGCAUUGUUUUAUAUGUUUUGUGUAAAGAUUACAUUCCAAUUGACGAGAAAGUGUUUAAGAAGGAAUAUGGUGGUAUAAGCAUUGACGUAAGAGAAGGUUUCUUUACUCCUUUUGCUUUUACUGCCAGUAGUUAUCUGGAAAGCAUGCGAAUGGGAUGUCAGAUCGGACGACGACAAAUGGUCGGGACCGUCGGAGGAUUUCUUGAAUGUCGUGGAUACGGGCUAUGUGGAUUGACUUGCGCCCAUGUGCUGUUAGAUUCUUCUGAAAUGAUUGCCCUGAUAAACAAUCCAAAUGGUAUUAUGAAUUGGCAACACCCACCUAGUGACAACAAUGUUUAUCAACCAAAUAGUGAUGUAAAUACUCAGGCAGCUGCUACGCAUGACCAUUUCGCCGGAAAGCUUAUAAAAGCUGUGUACCAAAAAGGUGGUUUUGGAAAGACUGGUAUUGAAGUCGCUCUUUUUCAAGUGGAAAAAAGAUACCCUCUGUCUGGGCACUUUCCUACCUUACAAGAUGGCACCACAUCUGAAAUGCAAUUUCAUCGUGGAAAAGUUGCUGGAUUUUCAAGGUUGAGAUUUGGCAGGGUUAAGAAAUUUGGUGCUGCUACCGACACAACUGAUGGAACAAUUGUAAUGGAAGCGCCGAUUCUUUCAGUGAAAUAUUGCAAAGAUUUUCAGUAUUCGGGUGAUUAUCAGAUGAUUUUGCAUAAUUUAUUGGAAGUCAAAACGUUGAGUGUGACACCACAAGGUGGUAUAGUACCAUUUGCUGACAGUGGCGAUUCUGGUGCCCUUGUAUUUUGUGAUGGAAAUGACGGAGAAAUGCUUUGUGUUGGAAUAAUUGAGGGCGGAAUUACUGCUGGAACUGUUGUUGUUAUGCCGAUUAUGCCAAUUUUAGAUAUAUUAAAAGUGAAAGAUUUCACAAACUUCGAGCUUGAAAACACAAAACAUGAAGUAGAAAACACCAAACAUGAAGUAGAAAAUUUGAAACAACAAAUAGAGCAGCUAAAACAGAAAAUAAAUAGCAACUAACAUUACUGUAUACAUAUACUCACGCUAUGCCUGAUAUUAAUAUUGAGGAAAGCGUAUUUUUUUUUCGGAAUUAAACGGCCUAUAAACGACUCUUAAUUGCAAACAAUUCAAUCACGUUUCCAAUUAACUGACCUAUAUGAGGUUUUACAGUAUCAAAGGAAUAAAUGUAAACAUUAAUUUAUGUAUUGCAGCAGUAUAUGGUUAAAUUGCAUAUUAGUCUGUAUAUAAAAGAAGCUUUAUUAUGCAAAAAAACAUUAAAAUAUGAGCAAUGAACAUUACAUCAAUAAAAAAACAUGCAAUCAAUGAAAUUAAGGUAAGAUGGCAAAUAAAUGAAUAUGCAUGUUUGCACAAAAAUCGACUUUUUCCAAUAAAUAGGCAUAAUAAUAUUUAAACUUCUUUAUAAUUGUAUCAUUUUGGGAGAAACAAUAUCAAUGUCCAAUCAUUAUGCUUGCAGUUUUUUUAUGCUGACAAUUUUUUUUUUUUUCAAAAGCUUUAUAUAAAUAAGUUGCAAUAAUUCCACUAUCAUUUUUUGUGUCGCUAUCUAAUAAUUGCAGCUCGGAGGCCUCCAACAUAUUUUCCGAUUUAUUGUUUUCUUAAUUCCCAAAAUAUCUAGACAUUCAGUUCAUCUCUCGGACUGUGAUAGCGGGGGCAUUUUCUAUAUUCAUAUGGAUUUAUAUAUUAAUAUUAUAUUUUUGUUUGUGUAAACCAUAAUUUGAUUAUUUUAAAAUUAUAAGACUUCUGUUAAAUUACUUGAGACAUAUAAUAUCACUCUUUUUUUCCAAUAUACAUGUAUCUAUCUAUUAUAGUGUGUACAAAGUAUAAUAAAUCAGCAUAAAGAACAGUAAAGUUACAGAAUAUUUGUAAAUAUACAUUUAGAAGUUGUUUUAUGGCCGUAAUUAGAAUAGGUUCCUUUUUGUAAACUUUUUCUAAAGAUAUGUUGGCAACAAGUUAAGCAUUUUAAUCAUGUUUACAGACUUUUUACUCCGUUCAAUGAGGAAAUAGGUUUUAUUUAUACAGUAGCCUAUCUGGUUUAGUAAUCUGUUUAUGCCUUUUGUAUUAUUCUUAAGAUGACAUUAUUUUUAAAACAUUGGAUAUCUUGUUCCAAAAAAUUGACAUAUAUCUUCAAUCAAGAUACAAGUGUGAUCAUAAUAUUCAACAAUUUGAGAGUAAUGAUAAACUGGGUCUAACAUAUUUUUACAUU